UUUGUUCCUAUCACAAGACAAAAACCACCCAUAGGAACUGAACAAACAAACCGUAACACCUGAAAAACAAAAACCUCAAAGUAGUAGACUUGACGAGCAUGGCUUGGUCCGAACCCGAAUCAGCGAUCUGCAAGCACCACCCGACCCACAAACAGCCGCCGGGCGUCUGUUCCUGUUGCCUCCGUGAACGGCUCGCCAAGAUUUCCGGCGCCGCCUCGUCGAACAGCUACUGCGACUACACCUCCGCGUCGUCGUCUUGCUCGUCCGGCCGCGUUUCUCCCCGCGGUCACCGCCGGAUAUCCUCCGACGUGGCGGAGGGCCGAUUCUCAGGGAGUGGCGGAUGCGAGGGUGGGUUGAGGAAGAGCAGAUCGAUUGCUUUUGCGGCGGACAGAAGACCCGGCGGCGGCGAGAAGAGGAGGGAAGGGUUUUGGUCAAAGCUGAUUAAGUCGGCGGGUAAAAGAACCAAGAAGGUUUUAUUGCAUUAGGGAUACAGUCUACAAUAUACUUAAAUUCGUACCAUGAUUGUAUUUACUUACGGUAUUUAAUUUAAUUACACAGAGUAUUUCAAUAAAUAUUGAAUUGAAUCAGUAUAGUGUUCCCUUAAAUUUUACGCACUGCAUAUAGAGUCUUUCUAAAUAAUAUUUCCUCCGUCCCAUAAAGUGUUACCCAUUUU